AGUCAAGGUAGAGCUUGUCAAAGUCUUCAAGCCAGAACAGCACCGCGAAAUGCUCUGCUGGGUUAGGGUUUCUACAUUUGAACGGGAAUAAAUCCUAACUGUUCAAUUAUUAAGGUGGAGAUUCAACUUUGUUUCCUUCGAAUUUCUAUACGCAGGAGUCCAGAUCGUUAAGGGCAUCUUCAAAUGGGGACAUCCUCUGGAGCUCAUAACAAUGACCAAUCGUCAAUGCUUCCUCCUCGGCAACAGCAACGGUCUGGAGGAGGUGGGCUUCAGACAUUCCUCCCAUUGGUGUCUUCAGAUGCCUAUGGAUCUUCAAAUCAUCAUGAGCGCGGCCCAAAUUCUGAUCAGGUCCGUGAAUCCCCAUCUGAAAGUGCUGGUUCCAGAGAAACUUGGCCUACAGCUGAUGCUUUGGUAGCAAAGAGACUGGAGAAAGAAAAAGAAAGAGAGAAUGGUUUCCCAGAGCAGUCUGUCAUGCAUCAUAUUGCCAGUUCAGAUAAGUUGUCUCUCAUGGAUGUAGCUAGAGAAAGAGUGGAAACUAUAGCAGAGAAGAUGCAAAAUCUUCCAGAUGAGUAUCUCGAUAAGUUUAAGUACGAACUUCGGGCCUCUCUUGAAGGUUUAGGCGGUUCACAGCAGAAAGAAGAGUUCCUGUUUUUGCAGAAGAUGGUUCAGAGUAGGGGCAAUUUGACAGAGAAAACACUUACUCUGGCACACAGGGUUCAGCUCGAGAUCUUGGUUGCAAUGAAGACUGGAAUUCAAGCAUUUUUACAUCCUGGCGUCAGUCUAUCACAAGCUUCUCUUAUCCAUAUAUUCUUGUAUAGGAAGUGCAGAAACAUAGCAUGCGGAAGCACAUUACCGGCUGAGGACUGUGCCUGUGAGUUGUGCUCAAGAAGAAAUGGGUUCUGCAACCUCUGCAUGUGUGUGAUCUGCAACACUUUUGAUUUUGAGGUCAACACAUGCCGCUGGAUUGGGUGUGAUUCUUGCUCUCACUGGACUCACACCGACUGUGCUAUUCGAAAUGGACAGAUUAGCAUGGGUCCUUGUGGUAAAAAUGGGUUGAGCUCAGCGGAGAUGCUCUUUAGGUGCCGAGCUUGCAGCCGAACAUCUGAGUUGUUUGGGUGGGUGAAAGAUGUCUUUCAGCAAUGUGCACCAAGCUGGGAUAGGGAUGUUUUGAUUAGAGAGCUUGACUAUGUAAGUAGAAUUUUCCGCGGGAGUGAGGAUUCAAGAGGCAGGAAAUUAUUAUGGAAAUGUGAAGAGAUUAUACAGAAAUUGAAAAUUGGGGCAGCAGAUUAUAAAGUAAUCUUGAUGUUCUUUCAAGAGCUUGAAGAUUCGUUCAAAAAUCAAGACAACGAAGAUGCUGGCAAGAUGCUGUCUCCACAGGAAGCAUUCAAUAAGACUGCAGAAGUAGUGCAGGAAGCUGUUAGAAAGAUGGAAAUGGUAGCUGAGGAGAAGAUGCUGAUGGUCAAAAAGGCUAGAUUUUCGGUCGAGGCUUGUGAUCAGGAGCUCAAAGAUAAAGAGAGAGAAGUUUCUGAACUGAAGGAGAGGCAGAGGAAGAAGAUGCAGAUCGAUGAGCUUGAGAGUAUUGUAAGACUCAAACAGGCUGAGGCUGAUAUGUUCGAGAUGAAGGCCAAUGAGGCCCGCCGAGAAGCUGAGAGGCUGCGCAGAAUCGCACUUGCCAAGACUGAGAAGUCAGAGGAGGAUUACGCUAGUAGGUAUCUCAAACAGAGACUGCAUGAAGCCGAAGCAGAGAAGCAGUAUAUUUUUGAAAAGAUCAAGCUCCAGGAGAGUUCAAGAGCGCCCCAGAGCAGCGGUGGUGCGGACGAGUCGUCUGAGAUGUACAACAAAAUCCAAGACCUGCUCAAGAACAUGUACAGCACGCCUCCGAAGGCGGACGGCCCAUCUAAAUUAGGUACUUAAACAUUUGAGUUGGAUCUUUCUAUGUGAAUGAUAGGUUGUUGCACUGAUUUAUUCAUGUGUAUUGUUGUCAUUUGAUUAUGUUUGUUGUAUGUGGUGAGAAUUGGACAAGAUUCAAGAAUCAAAACAAUCAGUCUCGUUUAAGCCUAGUGAUUAAUACUAGUAUUUGAAAUGGGGCCAUAAACUCAGCCCAAGACUGCCUCAUACUACUAUACAAUAUGAAAGGAAAUUUUAAUUGUUGGUGUCAAUAAAGAUGAUGCAAUGGUGACCAUA